AGGUCGAAUAGUGAUAUGCAGUAGUGCUAGCACAUUGUUUCCGACAGCAGGCAAUGGUCCUUAUGCUUGCUCAAAGUUUGCCGUCCAAUCCUAUUGUAUCAUUAUUAGGCAUGAAUUGCAACCAUUUGGUGUGGAUGUGAUAGAGAUUGUUCCGGGAUCUUUUGAAUCUGGAAUGCAGAAUGCUGAGAGGUUAAUAAAAAUGGUGGAUGAGGUAUGGUACCGAGCACCACAAAAGUUGCGUGAUGAAUAUGGACAGCAUUAUAACGAGAAAGCAAAAAAGUUUACAAAUGAACUGCAGCGAAGUAUAGUAGACCAAGAUACGACAUGGAUUAUCGAUGCUUAUUACGAAGCAAUCGUCGCAAAACGGCCAAAACUUUUGUAUCGAGUUGGCUGGGACAUAUUCUAUCCGUAUUCAUUCCUUUCAUGUCGUCUACAACUUAUUGUCAUGAAAUUACUAAUGCACAUCACUGGGGCGCCAACACCGCCGACGACGACAAAAAAUAUACAUUCAAAAAGUCCAGAAAAAAAAGUCGAUUAA